AUGGUUCAUGGUUCAUGGUCCAACAAGACACACGCCUUGGUGAUAGUCAAGAAUUCUUUUGCAGGUCCUCACGCACAAUUCCUCUCAUCACAUCCAAGCUUCAUAACCAACUUCACAAGCGAACUUCACAAUGGUCACUUCAAUCAUUGCGGAUAUGCAUUAUGUCAGUUACAAUUGGAACUCCAACCUUUAGAACUGGGUAAUCUACCGCACAACCUAUACACCCGAAUCCGAUAUCCUCUGGCCACAAUGUCUGGAUCUAAUCUCCAAAGCUCACUAAGCACAGGAGUAGCCAGAAACCUAAAACAGAACGAAGAUGCCCGCGACCACGAUUCCGAAAUGAAAAUUCAUGGAGCUAGUCACGACGAUUUACGAGUCCAUUUUGCAAAGUGGUUAGAAAGCCAUGUUACAGAGAUUCUAGAGAAUAAAGAGGGAGAAGAAAUUUGUCCUCCUCAUCCUCGUUAUAACAGAUUCCUCAUUGUGGAUGAGGGAGUGCUACGAGACUUCAAAACCUCACCUUCGUUGUCUCCCUACAGCAAAGACUUCAAGGAAUCACCCUACCUCAAAGCUGUCAAGGCAUCCCACAACGAUGCCGACGAGGACAGAUUGGCACCGAGAUACAGUGGAAGAAAUAAUGUCCGAGAGGACCUAUCACUUCCCGGCUCUACGAGAAUCCCACUGAUAUUCCUGCGUGACUUUUGA